ACCCUAACACCAACUGUCAAAAUCAGUUGUGGACGAGAGGUGAAAGGUUGUCGAAACUCGAAACAAGUUUCGUAAAACCUAGUUUUAUCAGUGAUAUUGUGUGAAGUGGCCGAACGUGUGUUACAGUAUUACAGGAAAUCUGUACAUAUGUUUCAAAAGUUAUAAAUAACAGCCUGUCAGUUUAUAAAAAAACAUUAAAUAUGUUUAAAUCAUUACUCAAUUUGGUUGUUGUGAUAUUAUGUUUUGCUUCUGUAAACACGAAAAAACGACUAAAGUUUUACGAGGAAAAGAAUAUCCAUGAAGCGCAAGAACUGACCGACCAGAAUGUGAGAGACUUAGCAGCCUUGUCAGACAUGACACAUUUCAGACAAGUACUAGACGAGAUCUUGGUACCAAGAGUGGUAGGCACACCAAACCAUGACAAGGUCGGCAACUAUAUAACCCAACAAAUGAGGGAUUUAGGCUGGGAUGUUACGGAAAAUGUCUUCUCAGAUACAACUCCUGUUUUUGGAACUUUGAACUUUAAGAAUAUAAUUGCCAAGUUGAACCCUGAUGCUGAAAGGUUUUUGGUCCUCGCUUGCCAUUAUGACAGCAAGUAUAUGAGGGAACAUGUGUUUGUUGGUGCAACGGAUUCAGCAGUACCGUGCGCCAUGAUGAUAAAUCUGGCCAAAGUGAUGUCUGCCCAAUUGGAUCCCCUCAAGAACAACCGUCUAAGUCUCAUGUUCAUAUUCUUCGAUGGAGAAGAGGCUUUCAGACAAUGGGGGCCCAAUGACUCGAUCUAUGGGGCCCGCCAUCUGGCGAAGAAAUGGCAUGGUACAGAGUAUAAAGAUGGAGCGAAUGAACUGCAGAGAAUGGAUGUCCUAGUCCUCCUGGACCUACUAGGUGCUCCCGACCCAGUAUUCUUCAGCUACUUCCAAUCCACAGAGAAGUGGUACGUCCGCCUAGCGGUCGCCGAACAGAGGCUGGCUGAGCUGAACCAGUUCGAAGCUUACUCUAGAGGGAAGGUGGAACAGACCUACUUCAGGCUCAGGAGUUCCGGGGCUGUUAUUGAAGACGAUCAUAUACCGUUUAUGAGGAGAAAUGUGGAUAUCCUACACGUAAUACCAUCGCCGUUCCCGUCCGUGUGGCACACUCCAGGCGACAAUAUGGCGGCACUAGACUUCAAAACUAUUGAGAAUCUCAACAAAAUAUUCCGAGUUUUCGUCGCCGAGUACCUUCACAUACAACCUAAGUAGCGCCAAUAUUACUCAGGCAAGAUAUUUAGCUAAUAUUGUAAAUCAGAAAUCGUGGUACGAAAUAUUGUAUUUGUAGAUAGAUCAAUUUAAGCGUUUACGUUUUACGUACAAUUUAUGAAAUAUCAAAUGUAUUGAAAUUGAAACAAUGAAAUAAGGCUCUUCCACACCGACGAGAUUUUUACGCGCGUAAAAAAUAUAUAUUAGGUAUCAUAAAAGGAGUCUAGUAUACAACCUACCAUUAAUCAAUGUUUAUUUGACUAUAAUGUGUGUAACUAUGUAUAGUUGUCGGUGUUCGAUAUUUCGCAAUUAUUUAUUUUAUAUGUAUAAAUGAAAAUGAAUUCCAAAGCAUUCUUCAAAAAUUUUGCAUCUCUACAUUCCUUUAUAUGUAUAUAAUUUAAUAUAAUAUGUAUGAGUUAAGAUAAGUUGACACCAAUUAAUUCUUUAUUUAUAUUCAAUAAAAAAUAUAUUUUAAUCGCGAAGUGAUAUUAACAAAACGUCGUAUUGUUCUACGUAUACCGUUUGUGCCAAACUGCUGAAACUAUUCUUUGGUAUCAGUGGAGGCAAGGAGAGAUCCGCGAGAUUAUAUUUUUAUAAAUGAUUAAUUGUUAUGUUUCGGAUUUUAAUUAGAAGUUCCAGUUUUGAAUAUUGAAAAUCGAUAAGAGCUUUAAAAUAAUAAUCAAUUCAUUUUCUAAAUUGAUAUGGUAAAUUGGUAUGCUCGAUAAUUUUCUCGAAAAAUCAAUUAUUAUCUUAAAAAUAAUGUUUUAACACUUUCGGAUUAUUUUAUAAUUAUACUUUUUACACUUAUUUUUGUCUUGCUUUAUUUACAUUUUAAUCAAUUUGUACAUUCCAAAUCCUUUUUCAUUGUAUUUUUUAAAUGAAUUUAUGUCUUUAUAAUUAUGAUGCUAUAAAAAUGUAUUUCUUGCAAAAAUCUAUUUUUCUAACUAUUACAGAUAUUUUAAUAUAUUAUUUAUUUUUUAAAUCAAUGUUAGUACUUCUGCUAAGUAUAAUCAUUUUCAAAACGGCCGCAAAAAAACAUGACGUUCCUACAACGGUUGUGGAAAAUUGCAAUUAUUUAAUCAUAAAAUCGUGUCGAAAAAAAAACAUAUUUUUAUUCGCUUUACUUGAUGUAAAUAUGUAUUUAGGAAAUCAUCAUAAUAGACUUUAAAGCUUUUGUGUAGUCGAUAUUUGCUUAAAUGUACUUAAUAUAAGAGGUCACCAAUUUUACUCGUUCGAAAAAUGUACCCAAUUUUUGUGCUCGAAAGUGUAACCUCUAAUCAGAAAGAUAAAUGUUUGUAUACGUUUUUUAGAUAUCGCUAACUGUUGUUUGUGGUCAAACUUCGAGGUUCAUAGUUACUCGGAGGUCAAUGACUUCGCUUUUCAAGAGAUUAUGAUGAUGGUACUUGAGAAGACUGGCCAUUGGGUCUAUCUAUGCUAUGUGUAAUGUCCUAUCAAACUGGCCCUAAUUUAUAAAUCGGCCAUAUAAUUAGUCUGAACUGUAAAGUACCUACUUAUCAAUAUAAUUAUUAAGUCUACGCGAGAUUGUUAACAACGCUUUAGUAAACAAUAAAUUAGGUCUGAAAUUCAAUUGUGUAUAUUUCUUGAAAUAUUAUUUUCACUUCUAGUUUAGUUACUUACCUCUUUUAUUUAUGUAUUAAGCUUCAAAGUAAAUAGUACUUCUAUAUAGCCUACCAUUAGAGAAUUCAGGAAUUUAAAUUGUUUUAUUUUAAUUUUGGUGACAAAACAAUACAAAUUAUGAAUCGAUGUGAUAUGAUACGUAUGUAUACAAAUUUUACUGCAAAUGAUAAUUAUUUAAUCAUAGAUUAAAUAAAUACGUUGAUGUUUUA